UUGCCAUUUGUUUCCAGUCCCUCCAGGAAUAAGGAAGCUGUUUUGUUUGAGAACAUACUCCGAGAAAACCAGCCGUAAGAUGACGUUUGAAUACCCCACUAAUUUCUAUGGGGUGUUGUUCUGGAUAAACAUCGGUGCUGGCAUUCCUUUGACUUUACUGGCCAUCUGUUCUCUGUGUUGCCAGCCUCGAAAGGAUCGACUCCCCAUCACCUAUGUCGCAAACCUCCUCAUCUCCAAUCUGAUUCAAAUCUGCUCCACCAUCCUCUGGAAGAUACACCUCACUGGAAUGGCCGGUUUUUUGAUUUCAAUGAUAAUCUCUGUAUUUAGUUUGUGCUAUGGUGUUUUGGCCAGUCUCUGCUUCAAGAUGUGUGUCGCGCUGGAAAGGUACAUGGUCAUCGCCUUUCCAAAACAGAAGUGCAUCAGACGAGUUGGGACUUCUGUGUUUGUGUGUGUCGCGAUCUGGGUCCUUUGUUUUAUCAUUAUUUUUUUUGCCAUGCGCUCAAAGCAAUAUUUUUACCUCCCCUACCCUGCCCUCCUACCUUUACCCCUGUUCAUCGCCUGUCUGGUUUUGACCCUUGGAGCGCUGCCUGCUGCCACCUCUGUGCCCGCUGAGGAAAAACGAAGAACUGUUGGAGCUUUGGUUCUGUUGCUGGUUAAUUACACUCUGCUGAUCCUUCCUUCAAUCAUUAUGAUUAUUGUAAUGUUAACGGAUGCCACUGAUUUCCCAGGGGUCGUUCUGCCCCUGAUUCAGUUCAGUGCUUUUCUGGAUUUGAUUCUGGUUGUUCUCAUGCGGGAAGGGCCCGUUGACAGGUUGCUGGCGCGCCUGUGCUGCUGCAGGAUGGACGACGUUGCAGCAGAUGAUAGUGGAGAAUCACAAGUGUGACUGAUGUAGGAUGUAGACAGGUGGGUGCAUGUAGGCACAGAAAAAAAGAAAGAGAGAUGCAGGGAAAUUAAAAGCAAGGCAGCAUCUUUAACAGAUGAUGUUUGCAUGUGGACACCUGACAGAAAAAAGGAAGCGUUUAUGAUGUUGACUGUUGGACACUGAAAAUGCAAAUUUAUAAUUACAGAAAGACUCCAGAUAUUAUUAACAUGUUUAACACAGAGAGAAUCUUAACAAGUCUUUAGGAUUUGUUUUCUUUUAUUGUUCUCUCAUUAACGCUUUAAUAGUUGUUCACCUUUUCCUGUUUUCCAACCACAACUGUCGUUCCCUCCAGACGACCCCACAGUCUCUUCAGCUAAACCUCUCUAACACUGAACUCCUUGUCAUCCUGGCCAGUCGGUCUCUCCAUCAAGAUUUCAAAGUCGCCUCUUUGUCUCUCACCCCAACCAAAGUCUGGAGAAACCUGGGUGUCAUGUUUGAUGACCAGCGUUCCUUCUCUGACCAUGUUGCAUCUGUCUCCUGGUCGUGUCUCUUUGCUUUAUACAACAUCAGAAAAAUCAGGCCUUACCUGACUCAGCACUCCACCCACCUCUUAGUCCAGGCCAUGGUUCUCUCUCACCUCACCUCCCUUCAUUCACAGUGAAACCCGAAUAGAUAACAGCCCGUCUGGUCUUCGAUCAGCCCGAAAAGUAACGAGUCACUCCUCUGCUCGUCGACCUCCUCUGGCUACCCAUGGCCGCCUGAAUCAGAUUCACAUCUCUAAUGCUGCCUUCAGAGAGACUUCUGACUCUGCUCCAUCCACUUGAACUCAAUCAGCUUAAUGCCCCUCCUCAACCACUGCGUUCCUCCAGGGAACGUCGUCCGUCAUCACCAUCCCUGCACACAAGACGGUCUCAGUCCAGACUGUUCUGGUCUGAGGUUCCCUGCUGGUGGAACAAACUACCAAACACUGUCAGAGCAGGAGCGAUCCUCUGCAUCAUCAACAGUCUCUUGAAGACUCAUCUCUUCAGAGAGCAGCUCCUCUCCUAACAGCUCUAACUUUCCUAACUAGCUCUGACUUUGCACUUUCACUGCACUUCUUUACUUGAUGUCCUUGUACUUAUUAAAUACAUAUAGUACUCAGUACUUACGCCAAGGUUUCCUACUGCACUGAGGCUUUAGUGACGUCCCUCACUUGUAAUUCGCUCUAGAUAAAAGCAUCUGACAAAUAUCUAAAUGGAAUUUGUCAGUUCAUAUUCAUGUUUUUUUUUUCAAUGUGCAAAUAACAAAUAAUAAAUUACAUUAAAUUUAUUUAUUAUUUUUCACUUUAGUGGUUUUACUUUUUCAUUUUGUCUAGCAUGACUCAAUAGAUUUUUGUUCAGGAGUCUUUAGUCCCCACAGCAGGAAUCCCACUGAGGUUGGUUGUCUGCUUUUCUUUUCUUUCUUUUUUUUCACCACGAGCAGUUUGACUUUUUUGUGGAUGAUUGACCGUAGAAGACAUAACGAAUUGACUGAAUCGAAUUAUGUUGGCACUGUAUUUGCUGCUGUUCUGUACAAUUUGAAUUAUCAUUUUUUUCCUUAUUCAGCGAAUGUAAAUAUAUACAAAUAUAAAAGC